AGGAAAACACAAUCGCACUGCGGACUUUGCAGUCAUAAAGAUUUCGAACUGUGUACAGUGCGGCAGUUGCUGGACGGACGGUCCGAACAAAUAGUAUUUGAAUAGUUCCCGUGAACGUGCUGGGGGUUCGCUCGAAACAUUUCGCAAAGUUGGUAAUCGUUACCCCUAACAAACCGCGAAACGAUGUCGUCUUUUAACAUGAAUGAAUUUAACGAAAUUCUCGACAAGUGCCGUGAUAAAUCAUCCCAAAAGGAACAGGACGAGACGCUUCUUCAACCGUUCGCGUACAUUCAGCAAAUUCCUGGAAAGCAGGUCCGCUCGAAACUUGCGCUUGCCAUCAACCAUUGGCUCGCCAUUCCGGUCGACAAGCUGGCGGCGAUAAGUGAAAUAGUCCAAAUGCUACACAACUCUAGUCUACUCAUCGACGAUAUCGAAGACAAUUCUAUCCUCCGCAGAGGCAUCCCGGUGGCGCACAAAAUCUACGGCGUGGCAAGCACCAUCAAUGCGGCCAACUAUGUGCUAUUUUUGGCGCUGGAAAAAGUCCAGCAGCUGGGCCAUCCGGACGCGACCCGGGUAUACACGGAGCAGCUGCUGGAGCUGCACCGGGGCCAGGGCAUGGAGAUCUACUGGCGUGAUAAUUUCGCGUGCCCCACCGAGUCGGAGUACAAGCAGAUGACGAUCCGCAAAACGGGCGGCCUGUUUAUGCUGGCCAUCCGGCUCAUGCAGCUGUUCAGCGCCAAUAGGAAAGAUUUCAGCAAAUUGACGGCCAUCCUCGGGCUGUACUUUCAGAUCCGGGACGAUUAUUGUAACCUGUGCAUGAAGGAGUACUCGGAAAAUAAGAGCUACUGCGAGGAUCUGACCGAGGGAAAGUUUAGCUUCCCGAUAAUCCACGCGGUGCAGACGCAAAAGUAUGAUAAACAAGUAUUACACAUAUUGAGACAACGAACGCGCGACGUUGAGGUGAAACGGUACUGCAUUUCGAUACUUGAAAAACUGGGUAGUUUCAAGUACACGCGGGACGUUCUGGACGCACUAGACAAGGAGGCACGCAAGGAGGUGGAAAGUCUUGGACCAAAUCCAAUUAUGGAAGCACUUUUAAAUGAUUUGCUAAGUUGGAAACAUUUUUCCGAAGCAGCGGACGAUGGCGAACAAGAGGAGGAACAAUAAGGGAGGCCUAUGCAAAUGUUGGCAUCCAGUGCUGCACACUGCGCACUGGUUUUUCCUCUCCAACCAACGGUUUAUAAUGCAUUUUAUUAAACUUAUAAAAACUGCAAUGUUUGUAGCUGCUCGGGAAAUGGAACGCAAGCAUUUCCAAUCCACGAGAGCGAUCGAUAUAAUUCUCAUCAACUUAUCUAGAUAGAAGGAGUAUUUGGAACCGCUUUGCUUUUGGGUUCGCUUGUUCGGGUCCGGUGUUGUGUAAGUGGUGACAAUAAUGCUAUAGAACGUGAGUUAUACUUUAUUUAGGUACUUAGCAAACAAUUCACAUCAACGAAAGCAUUUACGGCUUUCCUUUCCCCUUGUCAGCAAUAACAGUAGUAGUAGUAGUAGUAGAAACCUUUUCCCUUAUUCCAUGCUUUCUUCCCCCGGUGUGUCGUUUCGUGCGUAGGGGUUCGGUGGCUUAUCAUUCCUAACACAAGGAGUUGCGCAAGCGGUUUCCAUCUCGAAAAUGAACGAACACCAAAGCAUUGUAGGCCUACCUAAUGUCCCCCUGUGUAGUGUCUCCAUCUAGCUCGCUAGGUUCGCUUUUUUACCCUUCCUGUGUUAUUAGAUUCCUUGUACAUAUUUCGUUACGCCUUCCUAAUGUUUGUUCCUAUUUUCACCGCAUUCUGCAAGCAAUCGAUACUCGUGGCCAAGUGUGUUCAUGCGGCCACACCAUAUCCAAAGUCAGCCCGCGGCAAGGCGUUCGUGGUUGGGUUUGUAGUUGUUGUUUUUCUUUGUUUUGUGUAUAAACACCGUUAUGGCUUGUUUUAUUUAACUAAUCCAUUUUUCACGAUCUGUGUUGGCACGAUUCGCUGAAAUAGAGCCAAAUGAACUAUGA